ACCACAAGUUUCAGCGAAGUUCAAAACUCAAUUCGUUGAUCUUUCUAUAUAUACAGAUAACAUUACUGAUCAUUUCCAUAUCAUCAACCAACACAAAAGCAAUAUACCAAUACCUUGAAUCUUUUCAUACAUAUACAGAAGUUUCAAAAGGUUUCUAACUUUCACAAAAAAAAAGAAACAAGAAAUGGCUUUCCUGAGAAAUCUAUUGGGUGCAAAGAAGAUUCUUGGAGCCGCAACAAGCAAAAGGGCAACCUUGGCCGCACCAAAAGGGUUUAUUGCGGUGUACGUAGGAGAGAGCCAGAAGAAAAGAUAUAUAGUGCCAAUCUCAUACCUGAGCCAGCCUUCCUUUCAAGCUCUACUCAGUAAAUCUGAAGAAGAGUUUGGUUUCGAUCAUCCAAUGGGUCGCUUAACGAUCCCUUGUCCUGAAGAUAUCUUCAUCAACGUUACGUCUAGGCUCCAAUGAUGAUGAUCAAACAUAUUGUUCUUCUAGUUAGAAAUAUACUUUGUUCAUUGUAAAUAGAGAAUAAUAUUUUUUCCUCUCUUUCUUCCCCGAAGAGUUCUAAAAUUUGAAAAUGGAAUACAAUUUUUAUGCUAUAAACACAGCAUAAUUCAUUUUCA